AACGGUUAUCCCCUUCCUGUUGUUUUGCUCUCGGCAGUACUAUCACAGUACAGUAUGGUUUAGAAACUCUGUUGUACUAUCAUAGAUAGAACAUAUCUUUGUUACUAUCCUCCGACACCCAUUAUAGUUCGCACAAAGGUUGGUGUACCCUUUCAAGUAAGCAAGUCAACAGUCGGAGACGCAUACUUACUGUAUGUAGCCUGAUCUUUGCAGACGCUGCGUGUACAAUUGCUACAACUACCUAAUUUUACAGACUAGACAACCCGCACAGCCAACCUGCACUGUAUCUGCGAGCUGUUGGCUAGAGAGUACAUGCCAAGACCAGAACCAAUUGAAACUGAAAGUCAGCAUCCUCUCAAUUGCAAAAGCUAUCAUAACACACAUCAUGGAGCUGCCUCACACCAUGGAAACAGAGGAGCUGAUGACCUACCUCCAGAUCCAGCUCUACCACCCCCAGCAGGCCUCUAAGGCUCUUUACCGCCUGCUGCCCCUGGACGCCAGGCACAAGCACCCAGCCGAGGACCCCCUGAGGCUGGGCCGGGACGCCCACGGAUGCACCUUUGCCCUGGCUGACCCACGGGUCUCCCGCAAGCAGCUGGCCUUGCAGGCCUACCUCACCGCCAACAGCCCUGACAUGCUGUUCUCUGUGCAGAACCUGAGCCAGAAGGGACACGUGACGGUCAACGGGUCAGAGUUGGGGUACCUGGAGAGGGCAGAGCUGCCGAAUAAGGCCCUGGUCCGGUUCGGGGAGUAUGAGCUGCUGAUACGUCGUGAGAAUGGAGAGGCAAAGGGGAGCUUCGAGGUGGAGUUUGGGGUGCUGGCAGUGCCUCCUUCCAGAGAGGUGGGCGUGCCAAGUAUUGUUCCCGUCAUGGAUACAGGCUCAGACCAUUCAAACAAUGGCAUCCCACCACUCAUGAGCCAUGGGCCGAUAGAGAUGGAUGAGACAAUCAUGUACCAAUCAUGCAGUAUGUUUCUCUCAUAGACAAUGAUUUUCUCUUUACCUAGUAGCAGUUGUCUUUAAACAAUAUUGAUGUUAAACAUUGUAUAUUCUCUCGUGGACAGGAAGUGACAAACCUUAACAAUAAUUUUACUUCUGGGUAACCGAGAUUAAACAUUCUGUAAACUUAAUCAUACUGUUGACUGAAUGUAGGGCCAAGCCAUUGGGACCUCAAGUGUAGUUUUUCUUAUCACUCUGCAAGUGUUACUAAGACUGUUACGUUAUUAUAUCAAAUGUGAAACUAAAGCUUCUGAAUAUUGACCUUUUUCAUGUAGUUCAAGUAUCAGUGUUAAAUGAAAGAUGGGGAAGGAUCAUAUGGUUUUGUAACUGUUUUGUAAAUGUUGACUAUAAUAAUAAAACUGUUUUUAUUUGA